CUGUGGGGGCGCGCGCGGCCUCAUGGGGUUCCCGCAGGAGCGCGCCGGGCGGGGAGCGCGCAGGGCGGAGAGCCGGGCGCGAGCGCCGCCGCUCACCUGCCGCGGGCGCCACCGCGGACGUGCCACGCGGGUGGCCCGCGCUCUUCGGCAGCACCGGAGGAGCCCCCCUCGGUCUGGGCGUGCCAAGUUUGCUGGCUAUCACUGUGGACCGCUACCUCUCCCUGUAUUAUGCCCUGACGUACCACUCUGAAAGGACCGUCACGUUUACCUAUGUCAUGCUGGUUAUGCUCUGGGGAACGUCCAUCUGCCUGGGGCUGCUGCCUGUGAUGGGCUGGAACUGCCUGAGGGAUGAGUCCACCUGCAGUGUGGUCAGACCUCUCACUAAGAACAAUGCUGCUAUCCUGUCCAUCUCCUUCCUCUUCAUGUUCGCACUGAUGCUUCAGCUCUAUGUCCAGAUCUGUAAGAUUGUGAUGAGGCAUGCCCAUCAGAUAGCCCUGCAGCACCACUUCCUGGCCACAUCGCACUAUGUGACUACCCGGAAAGGGGUCUCAACCCUGGCUCUCAUCCUGGGGACCUUUGCUGCGUGCUGGAUGCCAUUCACGCUCUAUUCCUUAAUCGCCGAUUACACCUACCCCUCCAUCUACACCUACGCCACCCUCCUGCCCGCUACCUACAAUUCCGUCAUCAACCCUGUCAUAUACGCCUUCAGAAACCAAGAGAUCCAGAAAGCCCUCUGCCUCAUUUGCUGUGGGUGUAUCCCUUCCACACUGUCCCAGAGAGCACGGUCUCCCAGCGAUGUGUAGCAACCUUCCUCCACCAACCACUCCACUGCCCAGGAUGGCUAGUGCUCUCCUCUUCUCAGUCCUUGGCACUGGAUUCUCACAAGCAGAAGCAAUGGCAUCAGCCAGAUAAGCGAUGACAGUGGAAACCAUGUCACCAGUGUUAAAAACAAAA